GUGUUGUAGCCAUUAUUUUUAGAGACGGAUCAAAAAAUAAUUUUUAUGCCUUUGUGAAGCGAUAGUUGAGUGAAUUUGUUAUAAAACUCUGCCCAAAUCGCAUCGCGUUUUGUUAAGUGCCGUGCUAAAACGAUUUUUGUCCGAAUAAGGCAUGGAAAAUGAACGAAACCCGUGAUUGCGUGCAAAAAGUGUAAAGUGAUAUGAAUUGUGAAGAAUUCGUCAUCAGCAGCAGUGCAGUGCAAUUGAAAUCAAAAAGCGGACGAAAACGAAAAGCAGCAGCCGAUACGAGUCCUAAGGUUGUUUUAUUAAUUUUUUUUCGUCAGCGGUAAAAUCUAACGGGGAGGUGUUUCGUUAACGUGUGAGGCUACUUAGCAAAAGUGAGAAAAAUUGUUAUACCAACGUCUAGCCAAGAAACCGUACGUUCUACAUUUGGAGCAAUAAGUGCGGAGAUAACAAAGAAAUAAAUAAAAAACGAAAAUAUACGCAAACACAGAUGGAAGAAGGAAUCCACCAACUUAGCAUUACUAUUGAGCAUGCAUCUUUGCGCAGUAACGGUUUCUUGAAGCCGAACCCAUACGUAGAAAUUGCAAUCGACAACAAAAGCACCCGUAAGACCGAUUUCCUUAAGAACACUAACGCGCCCAAAUGGAACGAACGCUUCACGGUGAUUGUUUCACCCAGUUCGGUGCUGCAUUUUCGAGUGUUGGACCACUCCAGCUUUCGCAAGGAUUCGCUACUUGGCCAGCAGACUGUCUAUUUGGCUCACAUUCUCGAGCACUAUAACGGUGUACUGGAGAACUUGGAGCUGAGCAUGGAUCUGCUCACCGACGGUUCGUCGUCAUCAAAAGCAAACGAACCUCGGCAGCCAACAAAAACUGGCGAACUGGUGGCCGUGCUAAAUGGGCUGAAUAUUGAUAUGCGCGUUGUUGCCAUGCGGGCGGGAGGUAGCGGUGUGAACGUUGCUAACAAUCACACCAAUGACGUCGCCGGUGCCGCAGCUUACGUCAACGGGAACGGGGUUUCCGCUACGAUCGAAAGCAGCAGCCGCAGCAGUAUUCUCAACGGGGGCAUUCGAGCUCGUAUGCGAUUACGUGGUACGCCAUCGACGCAGUCACAGAAUUCGCAGUUGCAACCAACGCCAAGUCCCGGCAGCAUCAGCAAUCAGCACCAGCAGCAGGGCCAUCAUUCACCGUCGGCAGCAGGGAAUCACCUCAGCAGUGGACCGACUAGUGCUACGGCAGCAACGGCAGGUGAUUGUGUACAACUGAAUAGUGCAAUGGCAAAUUUUAACGAUUUAAAUAUACAUUCCGCUGGAUCGGUUGCGACAGCUGGUCAAAUGGGAAACGGAGCUGCAUUGCCACUAGGUCCAGGUGCAUCUUCGAUGGGUCCAGCCGCAUCAACGGGUGCGAUUCGUCGAAGCAGUGGUAUGAACUGGGACCAACAGCAACAGCAGCAAGUGAUGCAUUCGUUGCCUCCGUCUGGCCAUCAACGUCUAGCUCCAGUUUAUUCCAACUCUUCGCAAGAUUCCCUGCUCAAUGGUGUAUCGAACAGCACUACUUUCAACGGCCAAGUUCAACCUAAUUUAGCUUCAGGUGCCAUGGUUCCAAUGAACGGUGGAACUAUAGCACCUCAAGCGAAUAAUACAACAACGUCUCCGGCAACGGGUGCAAUGGUUCUUGGUAGCCUGACCGAUCAACAGAUGAUGUUGCAGGCCGCUGCUCAACAAAACCAAAUUGACGACGAACCGCUGCCAGCCGGAUGGGAAAUGCGAGUGGAUAAAUAUGGCCGUCGUUACUACGUUGACCAUAACACGCGGUCUACAUACUGGGAAAAGCCACAACCCCUUCCCGCAGGUUGGGAAAUGCGACGAGACGCCCGUGGUCGCGUUUAUUACGUUGAUCAUAACACACGGACAACGACCUGGCAGCGGCCAAACAGUGAACGUCUGAUGCAUUUCCAGCACUGGCAAGGUCAGAGACAGCACAUCAUAUCGCAAGGGAACCAGCGGUUCCUCUACCCACAGCAUGCUCAACAAUCCAAUACAACCUCUGUUCCUCACGAGGAAGACGAUGGUCUUGGCCCGCUUCCUGAUGGCUGGGAAAAACGAGUUCAACCUGACAACAGAGUAUACUUUGUUAAUCACAAAAAUCGCACCACCCAAUGGGAAGAUCCUCGAACCCAGGGGCAGGAAGUAAAUAUGCUGGCUGAAGGUCCACUUCCGCCAGGGUGGGAGAUUCGUUACACGGCAACGGGAGAACGCUUCUUUGUUGAUCACAACAACCGAAAAACUACUUUUGAAGACCCUCGGCCUGGAGCUCCGAAAGGCGGAAAAGGAGUCUAUGGAGUACCCCGCGCUUACGAACGUUCAUUCCGAUGGAAGCUCAGUCAAUUUCGCUAUCUAUGUCAAAGCAAUGCUCUGGCCUCCCAUAUAAAGAUAACAUUAACGCGACAAACCCUGUUCGAGGAUUCUUACCACCAGAUUAUGCGCCUACCGGCAUACGAAUUACGACGACGUUUGUAUAUCAUUUUCCGAGGCGAAGAAGGUCUGGAUUAUGGCGGUGUUUCACGUGAAUGGUUCUUCCUUCUUUCGCAUGAAGUGUUGAAUCCCAUGUACUGUCUGUUUGAGUAUGCCAACAAAAACAACUACAGCCUGCAAAUUAAUCCGGCCAGUUACGUAAAUCCGGAUCAUCUGCAGUAUUUCAAAUUUAUCGGUAGAUUUAUUGCAAUGGCACUGUAUCACGGGCGGUUUAUCUACUCUGGCUUUACGAUGCCGUUCUACAAACGAAUGCUGAACAAAAAGCUUACAACCAAAGAUAUCGAGUCGAUCGAUCCGGAGUUUUACAAUUCGCUCAUCUGGGUUCGGGAUAACAACAUUGAUGAGUGCGGACUGGAGCUGUGGUUUAGCGUAGAUUUUGAAGUUCUAGGUCAAAUAAUUCACCACGAGCUGAAGGAGGAAGGAGACAAGGAACGUGUUACGGAGGAAAACAAAGAGGAAUACAUUUCACUGAUGACGGAGUGGCGAAUGACUAGGGGUAUCGAAGAGCAGACCAAAACCUUCCUGGAGGGUUUCAAUGAAGUGGUGCCUUUGGAGUGGCUAAAAUACUUUGACGAGCGCGAACUGGAACUCAUGUUGUGCGGUAUGCAGGAGAUCGACGUCGACGAUUGGCAGCGCAAUUCGAUCUACCGACACUACAACCGAAACAGCAAACAAGUUGUUUGGUUCUGGCAGUUCGUACGGGAAACGGACAACGAGAAGCGUGCCAGACUGUUGCAGUUCGUAACGGGCACGUGCCGGGUGCCGGUUGGUGGCUUCGCCGAGCUAAUGGGUUCUAACGGCCCGCAGCGGUUCUGUAUCGAGAAAGUUGGCAAAGAUACCUGGUUGCCACGAUCGCACACCUGCUUCAAUCGAUUAGAUUUACCUCCGUACAAAAGCUACGAUCAGCUGGUUGAAAAGCUAAACUACGCAAUCGAGGAGACUGAAGGUUUCGGCCAAGAGUAAGCGGAGUAAAUAAAGUUCGGAAAUAUCAUUAAAAAAUGACUUGCAUGUGAUCCAACCGAUAGCGAUAUCGAUAAUAUUCGUGUUUUUAUAAGACAGCAUCGUCGUUAUUAGACUUUGGCAAUUUGAAUUGACUAGCAAACGGGUCCAGUUCCGACCGACCCGACGGUAAAAUGAAGUGGCACUGUUAUUGUUUUUCUUUUUAUAAAUUGUAAUUUUACACCAGUUUCACGUAUAUUUACAAAGAAAAUUCAACAAAUUGUACGAUUUAUUUGUAAUGAAACCGGCUACCCAUUAAGAAUGUAAAAAUGUACAUAAUAUAAUUUUUAACUAAAGGAAAUCUUUAGUUCCCUCGUUCCAAAAAUCGUGAUAUAUCAGAGUAGAGCUAAAUCGUUACUGUAUUAUGUAAUUAUGUAAACAACUGUAAAUAAACCGUGUCAGGCCUAGCAAAAAAUGGGAUAAAUAUUAGUAACAAUAAAGUCACAUCAAUAAACUAUACACUUUAAAUACACUUGUUGUCUAUGAUAAAAUACAAAGUAGUUGAGAAGGAUGUCUAUCAAUAACAAAAUUCCUUUCGUACUAAUAAUUAACUAUAGUCACAGUCUACAACUAUCCUACGAGAAGUUUUCGGCUGGAUUUUUAGCUAUUCUCUUUAAAUGCCUAUUUUCUACAUUGAAAGUUUUUUUUCUGAAGCUUAAUCAUUUAUUAGAAAUAAAAAAAUAAUAAAGCAACAGUUGGGGCCAUGGUAGAACAUAUUUGCUGUUGUAAUGACAAGAAACGGUGUCUAUAGCUUACCUUUGUCUCAUCAGAACAUCCAGACGCUGGGGAGUUAGUGAGUGAUGUUUACUCAACUGUAGAACAGCUGGAAUAGAAAUAGAUGAAAUUCAAAGUGCAAAAAGAAUACGUCACGGAGCCUAGCGAAAAAGUGUUGGACUUCUAUCUUUCUCAGAUGUUUAAACUUAUCAUUUCAUCAGCGUGAUUUUUUCGGUAACAUGUUUUGUUGAUAAAGAAAGUAUAUGUGAAAAAGAACGUUUUGGACAAUUUAAAAAAACGCAAGUGAUAAUUGAGAACGGAAUUAUUUAAUAGUAGAUUAAAGUAUGUUUUGCAAAUAAAGAUAUC